AUGGCUGGGAAGGGAACCACUCUCGACAUGUCGUUGUUCUAUGGAACAACGGAGCAGAAGCAAGCCUUUUGUAGGGAUCUUCUCCACGUUCUCAGGACCCGUGGCGGUGUCAAGCUACAAAACCAUCCUAUUCCUGACAAAGAUAUCUACGAUCUUUUCUCUUGGACUAAAAAGUUCUUUGAGCUACCUUUGGAGACGAAGAUGAAGGCCGAGCAUCCUCCUGAGGCCAACCCCAAUCGUGGCUAUUCUUAUGUUGGUCUGGAAAAUGUAGGCGCUAUCCGCCGUGAUGGAAAGAUAACUCGGGACAUCAAAGAAACCGUUGACUUUGGCUCCCCCACCGAUGACCUCGUCGAUAACCGAUGGGUUCCUGAAGAGGACCUACCUGGAUUCCGUACCUUCAUGGAAAACUUCUACGACAAGGCCUUCAAGGCUGAGCUUGACAUCUUGACGGCUCUAGCCAUUGCCCUUGGAGUGGACGAACAGCACCUCCGCUCGAUACACAACCGUGCUGAAAAUGAGUUCCGAAUUCUCCAUUACCCUGCUAUCCCUGCCUCUGAUCUCAGCGAUGGUACAGCAACACGCAUUGGUGAGCACACUGACUUCGGAACCAUCACACUCCUCUUUCAGGAUGCUGUAGGCGGACUCCAGGUUGAGGACCAGGAGAACCUUGGUACCUUCAGGGACAUUGAGUCUGCUUCGCCUACCGAUAUGAUUCUUAAUAUCGGCGACUCUCUGCAGCGAUUAACCAACGACACCUUUAAGGCUGCCACCCAUCGUGUCACUUACCCCCCCUCUAUUAAGGCUGGUGAUGAGAGAUUUCUACCAGAGCGUUACUCAGUAGCUUACUUCGCUAAGCCUAACCGCCAAGCUUCCCUACUUCCCCUCAAGGAGUUCAUCACUGAGGCUACCCCUUGCCACUAUGACGAUGUUACAGCUUGGGAGUGGAACAAUGCACGUAUUGCUGCUCUGUUCGGCAUGUAA